AAAACCAGAAGUCGUGUCGUGGUGACUACUGCAAUCCAUGCAUGGAGUUCAUUAUGUUCUGAUAGGGACAUGAGAAGUUGUAGCAAGGAUUUUGCAACUGCUCGAAUUCGCACGAACUUGCAGAUGGUGGCGAGGAUUGGUCAUGCUGAAUUCAGUCUAUCUGGCCCUGAUUGUGCCCUAUGAGCUUGACCAUGCUUGACUAUCGUUACCCACCCACCACUCGUCACAUGUCACCGAGAUUAUCUUUCGUAGGAUCAAAGGCUUACAAGGUUCGAACGUAGACCAGACUUGCAGUCCGAUGCUGGACUAUUGCUAAACAAAGGGUGUCGACGAAGUCCUCUGAUACCAGUAAUUAGAUUAGAUUAGCGAAGGGAAUCUGGGAAUCGGUGUGCUGGACUUGAUUCGCAUGCACCUCGGCAUCCGUUGCUUUGGAAGCAUUCAAGAGACUUUCAGAUUCGGAGAAGAGGUUCAUCAUUUCGGACGAUGGUUCAGGAUUUUCCGGGAUGACGAAUGCGCAUCCAUCACCGAACUCGACGUGCUCCGGUGCUAAAGGCCAACUUAGUCGAGGUUUUCAUGCUCCCGAGGUGCUCAAGAUCAUUGCGGUUCCAAAACGCUUGUCAUCAGAGGUUGCUUGGUUGCUUGGUUCGAGGAGCACAACAACGUUGUGUCUUGUGUCCCAUCCAAAAACUAAAUCCAACCCCGAACACUGAAAUUGUAGUAUUCUUGAGCGAGUAGGAAGUUUCUAUUAUACUUUAGCUUUCUGUAGUACACCACUAUGGUAAUGUAUAGCACAAAUUCAAUUAUUCUGGAUAUAAUAUGUCAUAAUAUAUUCAUGUCAUGUUAUUUACAACAGGUUAAACAACUGG